AUCUAAGUUCGAUUUUCUUCCGCUUUACUGCCAUGAUCGUAUUGGAAUCCAUGGUGAGAUGAGUUGUAUCUUUCAAUUUAUUGCCUGAGAAAACAUAUUUGUUCCAAUUACUACUGUUAUAAUCUCUUGUAGGUCAGCUUCUGAUCUCCCUUUUGAUUCUGACGAUCCCUUUCAUUUGGGUGUUUUCUGUAUUUCAUUGUUGUUACAUAGUUUAGAGAAGGAAAAGGGUUUAUCUGGUUUCUGGUUUCUGGGGUAGUUUUGUAUUAGCUUUAGAACUGGCUAAGAUGAGCCUGAAUGCAGCGGAGGAUGAAUCGACUUCAGAAAUUCAUAUUCCAGCAGAGAUUGAUUGGGAUAUGUUAGACAAAUCCAAAUUCUUUUUUCUGGGUGCUGCUUUAUUUUCAGGUGUAUCAACUGCUCUUUACCCUAUUGUUGUUCUGAAAACUCGGCUUCAGGUUUCUGCUACUAAGCUAUCAAGCUUUAACAUGUCAUAUUCUAUCAUGCGCCAUGAAGGUUUAAGAGGAUUUUACAGAGGGUUUGGAACCUCUUUAAUGGGAACUAUCCCAGCUCGAGCCUUUUACAUGACAGCUCUUGAAGUUACCAAGAGUGGCGUUGGUAGUGCAACGGUUAGAUUAGGUUUUUCAGACACUACAGCCAUGGCUAUAGCUAAUGGAGCUGCUGGGUUGAGCUCGGCUAUGGCUGCUCAAUUGGUCUGGACUCCUAUAGAUGUUGUGAGCCAAAGACUAAUGGUUCAGGGCUGCAAUAACAGUGUUAAAAACCUUAAUUCUUGCGUCUAUAAGAAUGGUAUUGACGCUUUUCGAAAGAUCGUUUAUGCGGAUGGUUUUCGAGGAUUAUAUAGAGGAUUUGGGAUAUCAAUCUUGACAUAUGCUCCAUCAAAUGCUGUUUGGUGGGCUUCUUACUCUGUCGCUCACAGGCUUAUUUGGAGUGGUUUAGGCUACUACAAUAGUAACAACGAUGAGAGUUUUAAUACUGCUGGGUAUGCCUUCAAACCAGAUUCUAAGGCAACAGUGGCUAUUCAGGGCUUGAGUGCAGCCUUGGCCAGUGGGGUUUCUGCCAUCAUAACAAUGCCUCUAGAUACCAUCAAGACUAGAUUGCAAGUUUUGGAUGGAGAAGAAAAUGGUCAAAGACGACCUCUAACGGCAUUGCAGACCGUAAGAAACUUGAUGAAGGAAGGUGGGUUGAAUGCCUGUUACAGAGGGCUCGGGCCGAGGUGGGCAUCGAUGGCUAUGUCAGCCACCACCAUGAUCACGACCUAUGAGUUUCUCAAACGGCUAUCUGCUAAGAACCAAGAUUGCUUGAGCUGAUCGCCUUAGCUGGAUUACAUUGGCUUGGAUAUAUUCCUAGAGGCAGAUAAUAUGAGAACAAAACAAACUAACACGGGCUUGGUUUGACGAUUCGAUCUGCACAGUGAGAGACGAGGAUUCAGGGUUCGAAUUGAAUUGUAUUUGCUUUCCUUCUAUAAUAGCAACAGUGGGUCAUCCUUUUAAGAACAAUCAAAGUAGCCAAUGGUCACCAGACUCUCAACAGAUACAAGAGUGCUUCUUAUCUCGGCUUGGUCGCAGCAGUGAAUUAGUCCGGUAGAGCUUACGUUUGAUGGGAUUACGCUCUUUCCUUCCAAUCGAGAUAUCAACAAGAGAUGGUUGGUUGCCUUUGCUUCUUCCAAGAGGCUUCCAAGCCCACAACGGUCAGCUGCGGAGCCUUUUGUCACCGCGCUGACACUGAUGAACCCCUGCAUCAAAAUGGCAUCAGUUCUCCAAGUUUUUGAACUCGAUAAGUAAAUGGCGUGGAAAUGGAUCUUUAAAUACCUCGUCAGUUCGUUGGAUAUCCAUUCCGAAACGAACUUCUCCUGAUGCAGGAACCAUUUCAAGUGGAACUUCUGAUACUCCAGGAAGAAACCAUAGCCUUAUCCCAUGCACAACCAUCAGCCGAUUUGCAGAUGGGAUUGUCAACGAUCAUGCGAAUGUGUAUUACCUGAGUUACAUUAACUAUCUGUUCUGAUUGAAUAUUGACAAAGACAAGAGGUGCUCCUGAAGAAACUGCAGCACAAAACCAGGCCAUACACCGGCUAGUCGUGGCCUCCAUGGAGUGCUCUCCCCGCAGUGGCACGAACAGGAUGGAGCUUAUGACCGAAGAACGAUGAUCGGGUAGAUGCAGGUCGAGUUUUUUGCUCCAUUCAUACUUCACACCUCUUCUGUUGAAUUCUGCUCCAUCCGGGUUUGAUAUUCUUCUACUCAUUUCUGCAACAUCAAACUCUGUUACAUUUCAAGCUGCCACUUAUAGAACAACAAUGGAGUAAAACUAACCCACCCUGCAGUUCAUUGCACUUGUCAAAGGUGAGAUCACCGAGUACCACAACAUGUCGAUCGUCGGUUGCAGCUCUAACAGUGAACUUCCUAUGCAAAAUCGACACCUUCUCUUGUACGAUACGUGCUCGAAGCUUAAGCGAGGCAUCUCCACGCUUAACCUUCAGCCACACAACCUCAAACUGCUGGCUGAUCUUAGCAAGAUGCGAACUGAGAUCAGCCUUGAUCUUCGUCGAAACGAACAGCUCCUCGUCAUUGUCUUCAGCAACACCUUCAAUUACAUCACCUGGUAAUGGCAUCGUCUCGUCCCAAUCCUCCAUAGCUUCUUGCUUCACUCUUUUCACACAAACGACCGUUGGAAGACUACUCAUUUUCGAGAUCUCGAAAGAUCAGUUGUGAGAUAUAUUGGGUUCGAGUUUUUGAGCUUAAAUUCAAGAAAGUUGUGACAUUGGAUCUGAUUAUUUGUUGAAUAUGUUUCGAACAUCUCAAGAGUGUGGGAUUUUAGGACUUUACGUCUGGGAGUUUGGUGGUUUCAAUUUCUUUAUUACUA